UGAGCUCCGGACUCGGCGUCGGCUGCCCAGCGAGCGCCUUUGUGCCCGGCUUCGGGGGCCCACUACGGCCGCUGAGAUCCCAGACCCAUUGUUUCACUUCUCUGUCUCUUCCGGGCAGGUGGCAGCUGAGUUCGGGGUCCGCACGUGCCAGAGAGGCGGCGGGAGCGCUGGGACCCGCGGACGCCGUCAGGGGCGUCCCCGGGUGCUCGGCGGGAGAUGAAGUACCUGAAGCCGUGGUGGUCGGACGGCUGCGGCCUCCUGCACCUCACCAUCCUGCUGAGCUUGGCGGGGCUCCGCGUGGACCUGGACGUCGACUUAGACCUCUACCUGCUGCUCCCGCCGCCCACCCUGCUUCGGGAUGAGCUGCUUCUCGGGGGCGGCCCGACGAGCUCCGCCUACGCGCUCAGCACCUUCCAGGCCUGGGGAGUUUGGGGGCGCGCAGACCAGCUGCACCCCAAGGGCUGGGAGCUGGACCCUGCUGGCCUGUCGGAAGGGCAGCUGCUCCGGGAGGUACGCGCCCUCGGGGUUCCCUUUAUACCCCGCACCCGAGUGGAUGCAUGGCUGGUGCACAGCGUCACGGCCGGGGACGCCGACGGGGCCCACGGGUUGCUUGGCGCCGCUGCUGCCUCGUCGACCGGAGGAAUUGGCGCCAGUGUGGAUGGCGGCAGCCAGGCUGCGCCGGGGGACAGCGGAGAUCCCCGAUCGACCCAGAGUAGCCCCUUGGCAGCCGGGGAGGAGGCACCGCCGGCUGGACCGACGGCUCUUGUUCCCGACGCCGGCGGACGCGCGAACGAGGAAAUAGAGAUACUAAGAGAGAGACCUGAAGUUUUGGACCUCAGUUCUCAGAAUGAGGAAAAUGAGCAAAAGAUUUCAGUUUCAAAGGAGGAGCCACUACAGCAGAAGAAAGAAGAUGAACCUCAAGUGGCAGAUAGACCUGAGUGGGAAUCUAGAAACGAGAGACAUAUAAAUGGGACAGACACAUCUUUCUCUCUGGAAGACUUAUUUCAGUUGCUUUCAUCACAACCUGAAAAUUCACUGGAGGGUAUCUCAUUGGGAGAUAUUCCUCUUCUAGGCGGUAUCAAUGAUUGCAUGAAUUCUUCAGCACAUUAUGGUAUAAAUUUUAGCCAAGCUAUAAGUCAAGAUGUGGAUCUCCAUGAGGCCAUGUUGCUAUGUCCAACAGACAACACAUUUAGAAGAGAUCCAGUAUCAAGACCUUCACAACAAGAACCAUUUCUGCAGUUAAAUCCCCAAACCAGUGAUUCUGAACAGACCCUUCCUGGAACUAACUUGACAGGACUUCUUCCAUUUGUUGACAACCAGAUGAGGAAUCUAACAAGCCAAGACCUUCUAUAUAAUCUUGAUAUAAACAUAUUUGAUGAGAUAAACUUAAUGUCUCUGGCCACAGAAGAAGGUUUUGAUCCAAUGGCAAUUUCCAAGCUUUUUGAAGAACCGGAUUCUGAUUCUGGACUUUCCUUAAAUUCAAGCCACAACAGCACAUCUAUCACAAAGUCAAAUUCUUCUCAUUCUGUGCCUGAAGGAGCUAUAGAUUUUGGUAGUGACCUUGAAUCUGUUUCCUACCAUGACUUAGAAGGCGCUGUAGGUGGCUAUUACCCAGAGCCCAAUAAGCUUUGUCACCUGGAACACAGGAGUGAUUCUGGUUUUCACGAGGAUGUUGCAUUUCAACACAUAUUUCAUAACCAUACUUACCACUUACAGCCAAGUACAGUAGAAUCCACUUCUGAAUCUUUCUCAUGGCCUGGGAAGUCACAGAAAGCAAGGAGCAGGUAUCUCAAUGACACGGACCAAAAUUUAAGCCGCGAUGAACGACGUGCUAAAGCUCUGCAUAUCCCUUUCACAGUAGAUGAAAUUGUUCGCAUGCCUGUUGAGUCUUUCAACAGCAUGCUAAGCAGGUAUUAUCUGACAGAUUUACAAGUGUCCCUGAUCCGUGACAUCAGAAGAAGAGGGAAAAAUAAAGUUGCUGCUCAAAACUGCCGUAAGCGUAAACUGGACAUAAUUUUGAACCUAGAAGAUGAUGUAUGUAACUUGCAAGCAAAGAAGGAAUCCCUUAAAAGAGAGCGAGCCCAGUGUAACAAAGCUAUUAACAUAAUGAAACAGAAAUUGCAUGAUCUUUAUCAUGAUGUUUUUAGUAAGUUAAGAGAUGAUGAAGGGAGGCCAGUCAAUCCAAAUCAUUAUGCUCUCCAGUGCAGCCAUGAUGGAAGUGUUUUGGUUGUACCCAAGGAAAUGGUGACUUCAAGCCACAAAAAGGAAAACCAAAAGGGAAAGAGAAAAAGUGAGAGAAGUAAAUGAAAGUGAAUCCCACUAAAACUCAUCAAGUUCAGACACAGAUAUAUGGGUCCACCAUAAACCAUUGUAACUGUUUCAAAGUUUAGCUCAUCUUUUUUAAGUACUGGUACUUGAAUUACUCCGUUAAAGCUACUUUUUAAAGCUUGUAUGGACAAAUGUUUAGUAGGACUCCAAGAGCAGAUCUGUGGAAAUCUGGGGAAAGCCACUUUUCAUGAAGUCCUGCAUCAUAUUAAAGGACCAUAAAUAUGUACAAUUAGGGCGACAUGAAGACAUGUGACUACCACUUAGUCAUUUUCUAGUAAGAUGGUCGCAUCAAAAACACUGGAUGUAUUUUAAAAUGUUUUGACUUGAAUGCAAAGCAGCCUUCAUGUUUUCAUUUGUUAGCACUGAAAAUAGUUAACUUUUCAUUAUUUUAGUACAAUUUGAGUGUUUAACUUAUACCUGUGGAAAUAAAUUUUUAUAUUUGGGUGCAUUAAAAACUUCCCUUUUAUAUAGAAAAUUAAAGGAAAUUUGCCUUAGGUAUUUUUCCUCCAGAAUACUCAAUAAGAAGGUAUCUAGUGAAUUUAGCAGCAUAGUGAUUCUUAGAAGUUUGCAAAUUGGUUGUCAAUGUUAAAACUGAUACAGUAAAUCCCCUGGCACAGAAGGGCCAACCUUGUAAAACAAGGUGAAGAAAACGGGUGCUCGUUAAAUACUAGAAUUCAUUAGAUAUAGGGGGCUCCCUGGUGGCACAGGGAUUAAAAACACAACACAAUCAAGCUACUA